AUGGCCAAAAAGUAUAACGCAUUGGCCAUAAUGUUAGAGCACCGGUAUUACGGCCGGUCAGUGCCCACACCAGACCUGUCCACUCAAAACUUGAAAUAUUUAACCCUUGAAUUGGCGCUCAAAGACGCGGAACAAUUCAUUUUGGGAAUGACUAAAAAGUUGUCAAUUGAAGGCAGCAAAUGGGUUGUGUGGGGUCUGUCCUAUUCGGGCAAACUUGCCGUUUGGUUUAGGGAGAAGUACCCCAACAUAACUGUCGGUGCCAUAGCCUCGAGCGCACCCGUGGGCUCUACAAACAACUGUACCGGUUAUUUAAGAGUGGCCGCCGAAGUGUUGGGAAAGGAGUGUUCAGAUAAUAUAAGGAAAGCCAACUACGAAAUGGAAGACCUCCUGAAAACACCGGAAGGUGUCAUAAAAUUGCGUAAAACAUUGAAUUUGUGCGAUUCGUUUGACGGCAAAAAUAUCGAUGAUAUCCGGUAUUUGGCGCUACUGUUAGCCAUGAAUGUCGGCGGAUCUGUUCAGUACAAAGCGGGUAUCGAUCGCAUCAUUAAGACAAUGAACGACCCCUCAGGCGGUACACCACUGGAAAGUCCAUUUGGACACAACAUUCCCGUCGAGUUCUAUACCAAUCAAUGCACUCAAGUAUUCGGUCCACAAAUCACAGCCCAAACCAUACAGAAAGCGGUCGACCGAACAGUCGCCACAUAUGGUGGCAAAAGACCAAACAUAACAAACGUUGUGCUCACAAACGGCUCACUCGACCCCUGGAAGGCCAGCGGUAUUCUCGAAGACCUAAACAAUAGCACAAAAACAGCGGUCAUUGAAGGCGGCGCCCAUUGCGACGAUUUCUGGGGCACAAAACCAACGGAUAACCAGAUUUUUUGCGAACCCAAAUUGGGUUUCAAAACAUUUAUGGGUCGACCGACCGAUAGAUACGGUUUUAUUAGACCACCGGUUGUUAGUAAUGACGAUAAGUUUGCGCCACAACCACAGGAACAGUGGUUUGAUCAGAGAGUCGAUCACUUCAAUAAACAGGACAAUACGACAUUCAAACAGCUAUAUUACAUCGAGAAUUCCUAUUACAAAAAGGGUGGUCCAGUAUUUCUUAUGAUUAGUGGUGAAUCUCCAGUAGAAACAGCAUUUAUUACACCCUUUGCUUAUAUGGGAGAAAUGGCCAAAAAGUACGGCGCUUUGGCCGUCACAUUAGAGCACAGGUAUUACGGGAAAUCUGUUCCCACACCAGACCUGUCCACUCAAAACCUGAAAUACCUAACACUUGAAGUGGCGCUCAAAGACUUGGAACAGUUUUCAUUGUAUUUGACUAAAAAGUUAUCACUUGAAGGUAGCAAAUGGGUUGUGUUCGGGGGCUCGUAUGCGGGCAAAUUAGCAGCAUGGUUUAGAGAAAAGUAUCCCAACAUAGCUGUCGGUGCCAUAGCAUCUAGUGCUCCCGUUGGGUCUAAUAUGAACUGCACCGGGUAUUUGCGAGUAGUGAGCGAAGCUUUGGGAAAGGAGUGUUCAGAUAAUAUCAGGAAAGCCAACUACGAGAUGGAAGACCUCCUGAAAACACCGGAAGGUGUCGUAAAAUUGCGCAAAACAUUGAAUUUGUGCGAUUCGUUUGACGGCAAAAAUAUCGAUGAUGUCCGGUAUUUGGCACAACUGUUAGGCAUGAACGUUGCCGGUGCCGUUCAAAAUAACAUGGGUAUCGAUCAGAUCAUUAAACACAUGAACGACCCCUCAGGCGGUACACCACUGGAAAGGUAUGCCAGUCUACACGUUACGGGCCAAACACUGCCCUGCAAUAACAUAAAACACGCCGAUUAUAUCAAGUCCUUACAAAAUACUACUGUCGAUCACAAGUCGUGGUUCAGACAAUGGACUUAUCAAACGUGCACUUCAUUCGCCGACUUCCCCACCACUGAACUGGCAAACAGUCCGUUCGGACACAACGUUCCCGUCGAGUAUUACGUCCAACAGUGCGGCGCUAUAUUCGGGCCGCAAAUAACGGGUCAAAGCAUUAAGAAAGCGGUCGACCGGACAGUCGCCACAUACGGGGGACUAAAGCCCAACGUAACUAACGUUGUGUUCCCUAACGGAGCGCUUGACCCCUGGAAGGCCAGCGGUAUUCUU